ACCUCAACACCACUUGCGACAAUGCGAACCUUACAUCGCGGUCUCCGACCCAUCUGCGCACCGUUUCUUCUUCCGAAGCACACAAUACGGAUACAGCCUGCUACGUUCAACUCGGUGCCAACAUGCUCGCGCGCCUUCUCCUCGAGCGCAAAUUGCAAAGCCCUCGACCUCGCCUACACACUGCACGAUGAGCAAGGGAAAUCCAAGGGCGAUCCGAUAGUAAUUCUCCACGGCCUCUUUGGAAGCAAAAAGAAUAAUCGCAGUGUCAGCAACGCUUUCUCUCGAGCCCUCUCCCGCCCCGUUUACGCUGUCGACCUCCGUAAUCACGGCGACUCACCCCAGGAAAAGACACACAACUACACUGCACUUUCAGAGGAUGUCCUCGCUUUUCUUGAAAAGCAUGAUUUAAAGGAUGCGACGCUUAUCGGGCACUCCAUGGGCGCAAAAACCGUCAUGGCCAUGGCCUUGCGCGAACCAAGCUGCUGCGCCAACAUCAUCGCAGUCGAUAACGCUCCCGUAGAUGCGGCACUCGCAAGCGAUUUCCCAAAAUACGUUGAAGGCAUGCGAAAGGUGGAGAACGCGCAGUGCAAAUCCCAGAAAGCGGCAGAUGAAGCCCUUACCCCUUACGUGAAGGAACUUCCGGUCCGCCAAUUCCUUCUUACCAACUUGUUCCGACCGAGUCCGGGCGAGCCAUUGAAGUUCCGCAUACCCAUCAAAGUCCUAGGAAACUCUUUAGAUGAUAUGGCGGACUUUCCUUUCAAGAACCCCGACGAGGCGCGUUUUGGUAAAAGAGCCUUGUUUGUGAGGGGUACCAAAAGUCAUUACGUGAGUGAUGAAACUUUACCCAUCAUUGGGAGGUUCUUUCCCAGAUUCGAGUUGGUCGACAUUGACAGCGGACACUGGGUGAUCAGUGAAAAGCCAGAAGAGUUCAUCAAGACGGUAGUCGAUUUUUUGCAAGAAAAAGACGAAUAG